AUUGAUUGAUUUGUUGUAGGUACCUACACCCUACACCAUCAGAUUUGGGAUUUUGCGAAUUUUUUUAAUGAAAUAUUCUAUAAUUUGUGUGUUCAUUUCAUGAUACCUUCAUGUUCCUUAUCAUAUUAAGAUUGAUUCCUGUAGUAUAAAUCUCUGGUGUUCACUAAUUUUAUAGAUCAUUUAUCUUUCCAUAGUUUUUAACAUAAUGUCGGAUUUCGAAAUGGAUGUUGAUGAUGAAAUUGAUGAGGAUACGCAAACUCAAAUGAAAGAAUUGGAGCAGCUUCGAGCCGUUCUUCAAGCUGAUGAGCAAGACUCUACAGCUUAUUCUGAUAUGGCGAACACAGAGAGCUGCCCCUCCAUCACAAGCGGCCCUAUCGUUAACCAAAUGACUGAUGAUUUGUCCAAAAUUGAAAUGGCUAUAGCACUGAACAAAUUCACUGAUGAAAAACUUCACCAGUUAGAAAAAAUGUUAAUGUCCAGACUUUUAGAGUGUAAAGCAAAAUUGAGAUCUAUUCAGGCUUCUGAUAUUGCUGAUCCACAAGAAAGACCAAGUCAAUUCCGAUAUGUGUCUUGUGGCAAACCUUACUUUAAGGAUAAAAGUUUUUUUCCGGCUCCCCCUAAUGAUGACACUAUUCUGAUGAUGAAGUCUGAAAUGUAUGAUUUUUCUUCUAUACCAUCUAUUCCUGGUUGGACUGUGAAAGACAAAAGUGACUUUAUUCGUCAAAUUUUAAAAAUGUCGCAAAAUCUUCAAGUUAAGGAAUUGAAUUCUCAGAUAUCGCGCCUUCGGCGGCAUGCUAAGGCAAGCAGUAUUGGAGAUGAUGAUAUUGAUGAUGAAGUUGAUGAACUAAGAAAACAGAUUGAAGCUGUUAACAAGAAGAGUUUAAAAGAUUUAGCUUUGCCUGUAGAUCAGGAAUACGAUUGGGAGACUAUAGCCAAUAAGCUGAACCACAGACACAGUGCCCAUGAAUAUAGAUCUCUAUGGAAACUUUUCUUGCAUCCAUCUAUAAAUAAGAGCAGUUGGUCCAAAGUUGAGCAUAAUUUGUUACAAAAGCUUGCCUUUUCCCACAAAAUGCAGGACUGGGAUCAGAUAGCUAAAGAACUGAAUACUGGUAGGACAGGAUAUCAGUGUUUUGUGUACUACCGUACAAAUAUGAACAGUGACAUAGGACAAAAAUGGUCAAAAGAAGAAGAAGAAUACCUUAAAAGACUGGUGGAUUUUUACAAGGAGGAUAAUUAUAUACCAUGGGGAAGGGUAGCGGCUUCUAUGGAAAAUCGUACCAAAGUACAAAUUUACAACAAAUAUAUGAGAUUGGAAGAGCAAAGGAAAGGCAGGUUUAUACCAGAAGAAGAUGCUGUGAUCUUGACAGCUGUUGAUCAUUUUGGUAUAAAGAAUAACUUCAGAAAAAUACAACAAUAUCUGCCUGGAAGAUCUGUUGUACAACUAAGAAACCGUUACCAAGUUUUAUGCAAAAAUAGAGUAUCUACUGUGUGGUCAGUAAAAGAAGACAAGAAGCUAGUACAACUUUUGGCCAAUCAAGAUCAGAAUAUGUCGAAUUAUGCCACUGUCUGUGAAUUUUUCCCUGGAAAAGACAGGGCUCAACUAAGAGCUAGGCACAAGACAUUAUUGAAAUGGAUGAAGCGGUAUCCAAAUUUAGAUUUAUCAUUUGCCCCUCGCCGUGGUUCCCGUAGACUGGGGCAUGGGAAUGCUAUGAAAGACUUAAAUAAUGCUUUAGAAAAUUUAAAGAACAGGAUACAAAGUGAAGUUAAAGAAAAAAAAUCUAAAGUUGUCACUGCACAUAGUUCAGAACAGGAAAUUGAGGAUGCUAUUGUUGCCACUUUGGUAACUGAAGCUUUAAAAAGUGAUCAUUAUAAGCAUGAAACAAUUUACGAGGAGGAGGAUGAAGAGGAAGAGACUGAAGAGGUAUGUCCCUUCCCUACUUCCGACAGUUCCAAUACAACAAACAUUGAAAAACUCUUACUGCUGUUAAGGUGUAAGCUAAACAAGGAAAAAUUUACACAAAGUGCUGAUUUCAAAAAAUAUUUUGGUGAGGAUGCUGAUAAAAACUGUGUACCAGUGGUCAAAGUAAAAUGUUAUUCAAGAAAUAAAGAAUCAAAUUCAGUAAGAACAAUACAAUUAGGAAAUAACCCUGAUUUGUGGGGAAAUAAUAAAUUAGAUACAAUUGAAUAUGUUUUACCUCCACAUUUAGCUACAAUAACUGGCUGCAAAACUAUUAUGUCUUAUGUCAAAGACCAUGCUGAUCCAACAUUGAAUUUAUAUUAUCAAAACAACAGAAAGAAGUAUAGCGCUGAAUUUAAUGCUCUGAUGGAUAGAUUUAAUUUGUUAUUCUUAUGGCCUGUCCUUUUGUCAAAUGAAAACCCUGGUGAUCUUGCGCAGAUGAAUGCACCACAACCAUAUAUCUUUGAGCCAAAAGUAUUGCCAACAAUUAUACUUUGUCCUCAGCCUUCUAGUACCACUUCAGUCUUUUGUCGAUCAGCCAUUCCUACACCGCAGACAUCAAACUAUAGUUCCAAUAAUAUUGAUUUGCCAGAUGAUGAGGAUGAUAAAACAAAAGAAAAUGUGACAUUGCAGACUAAUUUUAAUAUUGAGUUUAAUGAAACAUAUUAAAGUGAAACUAGAUUCCUUGUUAAGUUUAAAUUAAGUAAGUGAAAUAAAACUGGGUAUAAAAAAAAAUACGUUUUUAA